AUGGAGGGUGAUAGUGUAUCACCGUUGGAUAGGAGACAGCGAGAGAUGGCGCAAAACCUGCGGCUACAGCUUCGCAAAUGUGACAAUCCUUCUCGAAGCUUGGAGCUCCGGAAGUGGGCCGUGUUUUAUCGUGCUCCAGAGACACAGGCCUUGAGGGUGAGAUCCGAGAACAACACACGGCCAACGCCUCUAGCUCACACAAAUUUACUCCGUAAGAGAAGGGUAUUUGACUUUAACGUCAGGGGUGCCGGCAUUACAUACCUUACACAUUCGCCCACGAAAAGCAUUUGUGCUUCCCGCGUCUCUCUCCUCAUCUUCCUCGGAUACAGCCAGUUGGAUCAUGUUCUCAGGAUGCUGACGGUCAAUGACGCAGUACCACCAACAUGGUUCACCUUCCGAGUUCCCCAAGUGGCAGGCGCGAGGAUGUUGGCAUGGCUAAAGCCAUCUUCUUCAAGCAGACUGAGUACUGGAUCUGGUGCUACCGUGGCAAGGAGGCGAAGCCACUGGUGCUCUGGCUCUCUCGUUGAGCGCGUUGGCUACAGCAAACAUGACGAUCAUCGCCAUCGUCGUUGGUGCCUUGGCUCCUCCGUGAGCGCCGUCUCCAGCACUCAAUACCCUCAUGCUUCACGUCUGCCCCCUCACCUCGCACCUCAUCUCGCAGACCAGCAGACACCUCCUAAGACUUUGAUCACACGCAGCGACGACAAUGAGAAGAACUACACCCACGACGAGCUCUUCACUCUGCAGAAGAAGUUCUUAGACAACUUCAUCGCACCCAACAACACCAUUCAGGCAAAGUCUAUCAACUCCUCUUUGCUGGCCGACAAUGUUCAAGGCCGUGUCGAUAUCACACGCACCUUCGAUGGCCGUGAGCUCAAUACCGAGUACCUCCUGAUCACUUUCAGAGACAUGGUGUACUUUGUCCCAAGCCAUGUCCCUCGGAUCAACCGUGUUCUGCAGUUCAUGGACAUCGAAGUUGCAAGCUUUGAACUGGAACCUGCGUAG